AUGAGUGACACGGAGACGCCGCCGUCGCCGGGGGGACCGCCUCCCUUGCCACCGAACCUCCCGCACGACUCGCUUAAGAACAACAUCAUCAUAUCGUCGGCCGUCUGCUGGGCCAUCGCCGCCUUCUUCGUUGGGCUGCGCUUGUACACAAGAGGACGCAUCAUCAGGGUGUUUGGGGCGUCGGACUGGAGUAUUCUCCUUGCGCUGAUAUUCGCAGGAGUCACCUGCGGUGAAGUAAUAGAACAAGCAGUAUACGGCGCGGGGCAGCACACCUGGGACCUCGAUCCCAACGACGUCUCUUCGGCAAUAGCAUGGGGGAGAGCAGCCUGGUACGGCAUCCUCUUCUACCUGCUCUCGCUUGCCUGCUCCAAAAUCGCCAUCCUCCUCCUUUAUAUCCAUCUCUUCACCUUCAAGUGGGCGCGCCUGGCCGGACAGGCGCUGCUCUCUCUCGUGGUCCUGUCGCACCUGUUCAUGGCAGCCGUGACCUUCACCGCUUGCAUCCCGCUCCACUCGUACUGGGACUUUACUGUCGAGAAGAGAUACUGCCAUCCGCAGAGCAUGUGGUGGUCCAACACCGGGUUGCACAUGGUGACGGACUUCCUAAUCUUCCUCCUGCCGAUGCCCAUCGUCUGGACACUCAAUCUCCCGCGCCGACAAAAACUGAUCCUCUCUGCCGUAGUCUGCUUCAUCUCAAUCCUCCGCCUCCUGCAACUCCUCCGCGCCCAAACCGACCCAGAUUUCACCUACGUCGCGGCCGAGCUUUCGUAUUUGACGGCCGUCGAGGUCAACGGCGCCAUCGUCUGCGCCUGUGUCAUGACGCUCAAGCCGUUCCUGACCCGCUUCUUCCCGCGCCUCUGGGGCUUGAGCUCUGCCCGCCGGUCGCGGUCGUCUCGCUCUGGCGGCGGUGUGGGUUCGGGGGUGCGCGGCGCUGUGAAGUACGCGGGUGGCGGACCGCCGACCAUUGGGAGCUUGCCGAUGCAGGUCUCCAAUCUCAAGGCGAACAAGUGA